CGCUUCUUAUUAUAUCUCCUCUUUCUUAUUAUUACAAACAUGUCUACCAUGAUGAGUGUGUCUGUACAGACACCUGCACCACCCAAAACUGUUUGGAAACCUGGUAAGGUCAAAGUUGUGCGAGCAUUAUAUAAAUACACAGCACAGAAUGCUGAUGAACUAUCAUUCGAUGAAGGUGAAAUUCUUUAUGUUUACGACAAAGAUGUAGAACCUAAUUGGUGGAGAGCAAAAUGUGGAAAUCGAGAGGGUCUUGUACCUGCCAAUUAUGUUGAAGAACAAACUGAAGAAAUUGAAUUACCAUUGCAUGAUGCUGCAAGACGUGGAAAUCUUUCAUUAUUAAAGGAAUACCUAAAGCAAGGAGUUUCAGGUACAGCUUUGGACACAGUGGGUAAUACUUCAUUGUAUUGGGCUGCACGUGCUGGUCACAUAGAUUGUGUAAAGGAACUUUUAAACUUGCCAAAUCCUGUAGUUAAUGCUCAAAAUAAAAUUGGUGAAACACCAUUACAUAUAGCAGCAAGUCGUGGACAUGUUAGUAUAAUCAAUUUGUUACUGCAACAUGAUGCAGAUCCAACAAUAAAAAAUAACGAUGGUUUUGUUGCUGAACAAUUAUCAUCAGAUUUCGCAAUUAAAAAUAUGAUACAACUAAGUCAACGUGAGCAUGAUAAAACUUAUGGAUACACGGAAGAUGAUUAUAAUGAUGACAGCGAUUAAGAGAAUGGAACUUGACUUCUCAAGUAAUUGAAUGUGAUUAUUUAGACCAUACAGCAUUAAGUAUGAUAUAAGUACGUUUUUUAUUGAAUUUAUUUAUAAUUAAAUUAAUGUCAUAAAUA